AUGGUGCGGAGGGGUCCGUGGGCCGAGAGGGUGGUUUCCCCCCACUUGAGCUCCGUCAUCGAGCUCUCGGACGGAUCGGACGACGAAGGGACGCAGCGCUCGCCGGUCGCGGGCCCAGGGCGCGUCAGGAGGCGGAGCAAGGGCGGCAGCACGCCGCUGGGGUCACCCGCGGUGAGGCGGCGAAGGCUCUCGGGCGGGGUCGGCGGGGAGACUCAGGCGGUUGACCUGACGUUGGAGAGCGACGGGGAAGACGAGGACGAGGUGCGAGUCGUCGCGGAGAAAGGCCCGGUGGACCUGACCCACCUCGAGGAGUCCCCGCCGAGGGAUACGUGGACGGGAUUGCCGAUUCGAAACCAACCAACUAAGGAGGAUGGGAAGGGCACUCCCGAGAGGGAGCCGGGCGGGGAUUACGGGCCUCCCAGGCAGGAACCGCAGAGCGCGGGCAAAGGGAUCAAGUGUGUGAUAUGCAUGGACGUCAUCAAGAGCAAGGAGAUGGCGAGCACGACGUGCGGCCACGUGUUCUGCUACGACUGCAUAAGGGAAGCACUGAAACACACGCCUCGUCGUUGCCCGCAGUGCAGGAAGUCCCUCAGGCCGACGCAGGUACACAGGCUGUACGUGUAG